AUGGACGACGAACUUGAUUAUGGAUCGGAUCACUCGGUGCACGACGAUGUCGACAACAACCUGAGUGAUGAUGAAACAGAUCGGCAACCAAAAGAUCGUCUGGAUAAAAUCAUCGAUCGGAAGGAGAAAAUCGCCACUGAAAAAGCAUUUGGAAUCAGUGAUACCGUCGAAAAACAUUUAUGUGUCACUAUAGCCGAGAGUGGAGCUUUGCGAAAAGAACUUGGUGCAACAGAACAGAAUUCUCAGUUAGACUCCGUAUUGGUGCAUGGCGUCGAAUCAAUGGACGAGUUUGUGAUCCAAAAAAUGUUUGCAGAUUUUCGUCCAGAGAAAAUUUGGAAGAAGGCUGGUGUGGCAAUCGUCCAGUUUCAUUACAGACAAGAAGCAGCUGCUAUGAUGUUGAACAUGUCAAAAAUGAUGCGACGGGUACGUGGACGGAAGAUAGCAAAUGAAGAAGGCGAGGUGAUGUCCGAUGAUGAUGACGUGGAAGAAGGGCAAAUUAUGCAGGAGAAAGGGGAUGAUGUUGAAUUGAUAGAAGGACUCGAGCCGAACGAAAAAGGGAUUGUGACCACUGAAAAGAGUACUGACUUCAUAACUGUCGACAUAAGUGCUCGUGAUGUCCCAAAUGGAAAGUGGAGAGUUCUGACAAAGCAUGUUUCAGCCAACAUGUUCGUUCUUGUACGAUAUGCAACAAUCGACGAAUUUCACGAUAUGGCCUCAUCGAAUCGGAGUGAAGUUCAAAAGACUGGUGUUAAGCGAGGCACUACUUCAUUUUGGACACAGGAAACAUCGAAUCGUGGAGGAUUGAAUGUGUUUGACAAGGAAGGAAAAGAACUGGAAUGGGAUUACGAACACGACACAAGGUUUUAUGAGGAGGAUAAGAAGGAGGAGAAAGUGGAGAAAGUGAAGUUGCCACAAGGAGUUAAAGUUAAAGGACGUGGAGCUGUGAAAUGCGGAUUCUUAUUCGGCGAAGGAAGUGGUUCAUUAGCUUCUGAUGACUCGACACCACAGAAGAAACGUAAAGACGAUGAAAAAGAGUAUGAGAAAGACGAUGUUGUAUCACGAAUGGGGUCUUCUGCUCAUGCUGUGAGACCGGGAAGAGUUGAACGUCCAAUGAAAGAUCGAAUCCAGUUCCCGGGAAGAAACGAUCCGGAAGAUUUCUAA